UUUUUUUUUCUAUCCACACAAGACAAAUUUAUAAUAAACAAUGGGUCGUGUUAUUCGUAACCAAAGAAAAGGUGCUGGUUCAAUUUUCCUUUCCCACACCAGAUUGAGAAAAGGUGCUGCCAAACUAAGAACUUUAGAUUACUCUGAACGUCAUGGUUACAUUAGAGGUUUAGUCAAGAAAAUCAUUCAUGAUCCAGGAAGAGGUGCUCCUUUAGCUGAAGUCGUCUUCAGAGACCCUUACAAAUAUAAAUUAAGAAAAGAAAUCUUCAUUGCCAAUGAAGGUAUGUACACUGGUCAAUUUAUCUACGCCGGUAAAAAUGCCUCUUUACACAUUGGUAACGUUUUACCUUUAUCUUCUGUUCCAGAAGGUACCAUCUUAUCUAACGUUGAAGAAAAAACCGGUGACAGAGGUGCUUUAGGUAGAACCUCUGGUAACUACGUUACUGUCAUUGGUCACAAUCAAGACGAAGGUAAAACCAGAGUAAAAUUACCUUCUGGUGCCAAAAAAAUAUUGUCUUCUUCUGCUAGAGGUGUCAUUGGUGUCGUUGCUGGUGGUGGUAGAGUUGAUAAACCAUUAUUGAAAGCUGGUAAUGCUUUCCACAAAUAUAAAGUCAAGAGAAACUCAUGGCCAAAGACUAGAGGUGUUGCUAUGAAUCCAGUCGAUCAUCCUCAUGGUGGUGGUAACCAUCAACAUAUUGGUAAAGCUUCAACUAUUUCCAGAGGUGCUGUUCCAGGUCAAAAGGCUGGUCUUAUUGCUGCUAGAAGAACUGGUUUGUUACGUGGUACUCAAAAGACUGCUGAUUAAUUUAUUUAAUAUCAAUAAUGAAUAACAAUAAAUAUAAUCUCAAGUAUUAGUGUAUUAAUUUUGUAAUUUACAUUUUUAUUUGUUUAGAAAUGUUUACGUAUGUUUUAAUUAAUUUAUCUCAUCUCUUCUGUACUGUACUGAACUACUCUGUUGUCAUUUUUUGCCUUUUAAAAUUAAAUCCAC